AUGGCAUUGCUGCUGGCGUGCGCGUCCGCCUCGAAGCUGCAGACGGCGGUGCGCGAAGGCGACGCUUCGGGCGUGCGGACAUUGUUGGCUGCAGCGGGCGGGCUGGAGGCGGACGAGGCCUACUCCUACGAGGAGGCGGACGGCUGGGGCCGCAGCCCCCUGCAUGAGGCGGUGGAGUUUGGCCACGCCGAGGUGGUUGAGGAGAUCCUGGCGGCCAAGCCGGGGUUGGUGUCUGCACCCGAUGAGCUGGGCUGGACGGCGCUGCACUGGGCGGCGCUGAAUGGCGCGGAGCCAAUCGCGCGGCGCCUGCUGGCCCUCAAGGCCCAACCCGACGCGCAGGAGAACGAGUUCGGGUGCCAGCCGUUGCAAUGGGCGGCGCGCCGGGGCCACCUGCAGCUCAUCACCCUGCUGCUCAGCCACGGGGCCUCUGCGGGGCACCUGGACAAGGAGAACCGCACGGCGGCCGCCUGGGCACGGCUCACAGGGCACGAGAUGGCGGCCAGGCUGCUGGAGGGCCAAACCGAGACCCAGGAGGGGCGGCCAGAGGUCACCGCCCGCGCCGACGGCAUGUCGCCCCUUCACCUGGCCGUGGCCAAAGGCGACGCCGCGGAGGUGCGGCGGCUCCUGGAGCCUUCUGGUGCGGCUCGGGAGAUGCUCGCGAAAGCAGACGCCUGGGUCAGAACCCCCUUAAUCGCCGCCAUCCAGCCGGGGGCUGCCAGUGAGGAGCUGUCGCUGCAGCUGCUCAGCUUCCUGGCGGCCGACGCUUCGGGCGAGGCCGACUCGGCGGCCUUGGCGCCGGACAGGGACGGCCGGGACCCGCUGCACUGGGCGGUGCUGGCCGGGCACGUGGAGCUGGUGAGGCGCCUGACAGCACUGGCUCCGAGGCCGCAAAGGGACCGCUGGGGCCGCACCUUGCUGCACCAUGCGGCAGCCAAUGGCCACGAGGCUCUGGUGGAGCUGCUGGUGGAGCAGGGUGCGGAGGUCGAUGCUGUGGACGACUCGCAGCAGACCCCGCUACACUUGGCCUGCGGGAUUUCAGGCAGCGCCGGGGCGGCGCAGCGUUUGUUGAGCGCUGGCGCUUCGACGGAGGCCCAGGACCGGCUGCAGCGGCGGCCCGUGCACUACGCGUCCCUGGCGGGGCAGACCGAAGUGCUGGGCGUGCUCAUGCAAGCCGGGGCCAGCGCUGCGGCCAUCGACAUGGAUGGCUUUACCCCGCUCAACUUCGCCAUCGCCGUGGCAUAG